GCUGGCGUCGAGGCUGAGCGGGUCGAGGGAAUCUCUUCCCUCAACAAACAACUUGUCGCCUUGUCAGCUGAGUUUUUUGAGCGCAGCGUUGGAGCUCCAAUGGAGUUCGACCAAUCAGCGUAGACGUGCGGCAGACACCCCCCACCUCCCCUCUUGACAACACUCCCGCCCCGAAACAUUUUGGCGGCAAAUGGCCGGUUGUCUGACAGAACACUUUUGUACUGAAAUUUAAGCGUCUGUGUUUUAAAUCGCGAUUGGCACUGGUAAGUGAUAUAUUGUUUGUUCAGCUGGUAGGUGCCCUGUGUGUGCUGUGAAGUAGUACUCGACAAGUGUAAGCCCUUGAACUGUACAUGACUGACAACUGAAUCGAAAACAGAAAAUGCGUCGCUCAGCUGCUCCUUCAUCUCGCCAUGGACUGCUUGGAAGACCUCCUGGCACCAACGAAAACAGCUUCCCCUCAUCUUCCAAAAGCAACAUUCUCUCAUCUUCACCAGUCCUUCAGAAGCCUUCCUCUACCAAUUAUCAGACCAGUGUUCCAGCUUCAUCCAACGGAGCUCUGGCCAUAAGAAGCACUGCCAGUGUGCUGAGCUUGUUAGGCCAACUGAAAAGACCAAACUCACAGGCCAGUCCUCCUGACCAAGAAACAAGACAGGAAAAGUGUGGGGAGCAACGGAUUGGUAACAAUGCAGGCACGCUCGAGGUUCCAGCUCCUUCUUCCUCUGUCGGAAAUGAUUCAGUGUCCACUAAAAGAAUAUUUCGGGUUGUUUGGGGUAAACCAUCAUCAAAAAAACACAAGACAUGGGAAGGUGAUGGAACUCUUGAAGUCGGAGAGAAGACAGCAACAUUGAUGGAUGAAGAAGGAAAAGUACUCGGCCGAGCUACUCAAGUUAAAACUGAUCUACUGGAGGAAGGUAGCCGAAUGAAAGUUGGUGGGAAAGAGGUUGAGUUGAUUGACCUCCUGAGUGGCCCUGUCAUCAAUAAUGAAGUGGUGCCUACAACCACAUCAUCUAAGCGUGCUGCCUCUGAACCUGCUGAUGAUCUGCCCUCUACGUCCUGGAAAAAGCCAAAGAAGAAAACCACACACUCAUUGGUUAAAUUUACAACUGAAGGAUGUGACGCUCUUGUUUUACCUUCACCUUCUAAUGACCACCAGUGGACCUUUAAUCCUAGAAAACUUCCAGUAACUCAAGUUGCUGUUGAUAGCUUUCUUUCAAGAGUGUUGCGCCCACAUCAAAAAGAAGGAGUUACCUUCCUAUAUGAAUGUGUCAUGGGCAUGAAGAAUAGCCAGUAUUUUGGUUCAAUUUUAGCUGAUGAAAUGGGACUUGGGAAAACACUGCAGACUAUUACUUUACUCUGGACUCUUCUUCGUAAGGGUCCCUAUGGGGGAUAUCCUGUUGUGAGACGUGCUCUUGUGGUUAGUCCAAGCAGUCUUGUUCUCAACUGGCAAAAGGAGUUUGACCGCUGGCUGGGAAAACAUCGCUUGCGGACCUUUGCUGUAGAUCAGAAAAAUAAAGUUACAGAAUUUGCUAGACUUACUCAAAUACCCAUUAUGCUUAUAUCAUAUGAAAUGCUUAUGCGUAAUUUUGAUGAUAUAAGCCAAAUUAAAUUUGACAUCCUUGUAUGUGAUGAAGGCCAUCGCCUUAAAAAUAAUAACAUACGCACAUCCGUGCUUCUGAAUCAGCUUGAAAUAAAAGCCAGAGUUCUUCUUACUGGUACCCCUAUACAGAAUGACCUUCAAGAAUUUUAUGCCCUUGUAGACUUUGUUAAUCCUGGAAUUUUGGGUUCAGCUCAAGAAUUCCGCAAGAAAUUUGAGGAGCCCAUUGUUGCUUCCCGCCAGCCCAACUGUACAAAUGAUGAGCAAGUUCUUGGAGAUGAGAGAGCUCUUGAACUGAACUCAAGAACAUCUUGUUUUAUCUUGCGUAGAACACAGGCUGUCAUUAAUCAAUAUCUGCCCACGAAAACAGAAAUAGUGGUUUUCAUCAAGCCAGUUCCUAUUCAAAGAAAUCUUUGCCGAGCAGCUCUGGACUGGUGGGAAAAUCGGGAUCGCAACCCAGGCUCUGGUGAUGUCUGUCACCUUGGAGUUAUGACUGCACUGAAAAAAAUAUGUAACCAUCCAGCACUUAUUAAAUGUGAAAACCUUUUUGAGGAUGAUCCUGACGAUGACACAGGUUCUUACCAAGAAUCUCUUCUUCAAGAACUUUCAAACUUUUACAAUGGAUAUGAGGGUGGAAAUGUGGCUGUGCACCAUUCAGCAAAGCUAACUGUGGUGCGAAGGUUAAUGGAACAUACACUUGGUCUGGGAGAAAGAAUGGUGCUUGUUUCUUACUUUACUCAGACCCUAGAUCUACUUGCAUCACUAUGUGAUGAAAUGGGCCUUCGAUAUUGUCGUUUGGAUGGUUCAACUCCUUCAACACAGCGUACAGCCAUUGUUGAUGAAUUUAAUGCAACUUAUUCCCAAAGUGUAAUAUUCCUUUUAAGUGCACGUGCUGGUGGUGUGGGGUUGAACUUGGUUGGGGCUUCAAGACUUGUUCUUUUCGAUUCUGACUGGAAUCCUGCCUCAGAUGCUCAGGCCAUGUCUCGAAUAUGGCGGGAUGGACAGCGUAAAAGUGUUUACAUCUACAGGCUAUUGACUUGCGGCACAAUUGAAGAGAAGAUUUUUCAACGCCAGCUGAGCAAAGCUGGACUUAGUGGAGCUGUUGUAGAUCCUCAGAAACGAAGCAAAAUAAAACUUUCCAAAGAGGAACUGAAAGACCUUUUCACUUUUCACAGUGGGGAAGAAAGCAUCACACAUUGUUCUCUAAACUGUAACUGUGAUGGUUCUGGGUCAGUUCCCUCUCCUGGUGAUUCAUCUUUUUCUGAUGACAAAGAGAAUGAGUUGGACGAUGAUGAGAGAGACUGCCAGUUGCGUUUAGGUUCUAAAUCUAAACAUGACCAAAAUGAACAAGGCGACCUGCGCAUGAACCAGCUGUUCCAGUGGCAACAUCAUGGUCCUCCUUUUGUUAAUAAUGCAGUACAGCUUCUGGGCCUUUUGCAAGCUUCCGACCUCCUGGCUUUUAUGUUUGUCUCCCCACCAUCAACAGAACCCCAUGCUUGAAAAGAGAGUAGUGAUCAAUGUCCGGGAGCCCUAUGAAUCUGGUCAUCUGUUAUCUUUUGUUUACUUACUUCUGGAUAGAAACUACAGUACGUUUUUAUUUUUUUAAUGUUGAUGUGAAAAUUUGUUCCAAUUAUGUACGUUUUUUGUGUUUAUAUAAGUUUAUAUUAUUUUUGUUCAAAUAAUACUGAUUGUUAUCUUAUAUGACUAGUUGUCAAGCUGGAAAUACUGUAUUCCUAGUCUCAUGUCACAGUCAAAAAGUGUCAUGUUUUUACCUGUGAUAAUGAAAUAUGAGUGUUUGGCAUAACAAAAUGCUACAACAGUUUAUUUGCAAUCUAUGUACAGCCAAAUAUUUAAAAAAAUAUUUAUAAUAAAUUAUGAAGUAGUAAACAAAAUAUACACUUAAUCAACAUAUUUCAAGCUUGAGAAAACAAGCUAUCCAUCACAAAAGGGGGAAAAAGAGAGAAGAGAAACACAGGACAGUUUAGCCAUGACCUGCAGCUGCAACAAAUGGUGCAUGUUGAAGAGCUGGUUUUGCAGCAUCUCGACAUAUACCUGUAAGUAUUCUAACCAAGGCAAAGGCCAAUAGAGCAU